AUGUCUUUCCUUCAUGGUGUUCUUGAGAGUGUAAAAGAUGAUGAGAGUGUUAAGAUAUAUGAUAAUUACAUUAAAUUAUCAAAUAAUAAUGAUGGUUUAGAUAAUGUUCUUCGUGAUGUAUUUUCUAAAAUUGGUACCGGGCGUAAUGGCCUUUCGGAGUCUGUCACCAAGGUGAAGGUGUGGUUGGGGAAAUAUAAUGGACAAGUUGAUAGCAAGACAAGAGGAGUGACCGAUGGAUUAUCUGCACUUAUAGGUGUGAAUAAUGAUUUUUAUCAAGCCGUGGAGAGGGAAGCCACCAACCCACUUGCCGACCAACUGGCGGCGUGGAAGCAGACACUUAGUAAAAUUUCUAGCGCACUUAGUAGUGAUGUAAAAACAGAAAUUAAUAAGUUAGAUAGCGCACUUAAAGGUAGAAUAGACGUAGAGAUGAAGCCGAUAACUAAGGUUAUCGAGCACAUGAGUAGUGUGGCUGGGAAGAUGGAAGAGGGCGGCAAGGUGACGGCUGUAGACAGUGCUAUUACCAGUAACGAACAGCAUGUCAGACAGCAGAUUGAUGAGAAAGCGCGACUGCUUCAGCAAAAUUUGGGGGCCAGAUUUGAGGCCAUAAGUGGUGGUAUUGAGAAGAUUGAGCAGAAGCAAACCGAUGACCUAGCGGCGUUGAUGAAGAAUGUGAACCAGUUGGUUACAGAUGUGACACUGGCACAAACAUAUGGCAACAGAUUGCACACGGAGUAUCGCAGUAAGAUUCUCGAUAAGUUGGAGGGGAUCGAAGGCAAAGUUAACGGACUUGGUACUACCGAAAUUGCCGGUGGACUCAGUAGCAUUUUUGCUAUGGUUAGUCAGCAAUUGGACAUGCUUGAGAUUAAAUUGAACAAUCUUAAGAACACCUAUUUAGAGGUUCAGGAAAAGGUGGGCCCAGCGUUGAGUGGUAUUGAAACUGAGUUGAGGAAAAGGAUAGAAGCGCUUAAGGAAGAAAUCAAGAAUAAAAUAGAGGACGGGCCAGCAAUGUUUGCCACUAUGGUAGAAAAAUGCAUUAAAGAAAUUUUGAAGCAUAAUAAUAUUGUGAAGGAAAAGAUUGACAAAUAUUAUGACAAUAUCACAGUGCAGGGUAAGGACCAAAUCGCAACCAAAAUUCAGGAAAAACUUGGGGAAAUUACUCGUCCGGCCGGUGAAAAGGUCCAACAACACAUCCAAGAAAAGGUCAAUGACAGCAAGACCCCCGACAAGAUUGAAGAAUACGUUAAAGCUGUUCAGGCUGGGUGCAAGCAGUUUGCCGAUGCGCUUGACAGUAAGAUUAGGGAGGGCACACUAGCUUCGUUUGCCGGAGGAAUAGUAAAGGAAGGGAUUGCAAAAGAUUCUACGUUGACGGGUCUCCAUAACAAGGGUGACAGCGCGAAACACAACCUCAUAUGGGCCGUUCAUCUCAUUCUUGAGCAACUCGUUGGGAUGACCAGAAAAGUAGCCAGCGAACUUCAAUCAUUUGUGCUGGAACCAAAACUUGGCGAAAAUGUGAAGACUGCUAUAAAUCGGGUUACGAAGCUUGGAGAGUAUCUUGCGGAGGCGGUUAAAGUUUCUCAUACAGGCGAGAUUGGACAGCUUGGUAACCAAAUAAACACGGCCCUCGGUAAACAGGCCAUCUCCGACGUCAACGACAACAAAAUCAAACCGCUACUCAAGGAGGCGGCCAAAGAGGGUAUCAGAAAGUUAAAUGAUAACAUGACUAGUGCUAUACAAACAGAGAUGAGUCGUAUUGACGCUGACAUUAGACCGCAAAUUAAUAAGCUGCAGAAAGGUCAAGAGGGCCAGGAAAAUAUUCAGACCCAAAUUAAUAAGCUGCAGCAACAGAUCAAUCAGCUCAUAUCAUCUGUAGAAGAUGUUAACAAUAAAGCCAAUGGGCAUGUCAACCAGCACAUUGAUCUGGUGAAAGAACAAAUUGCUCGUGUUCUAGAGGACACUAAGAAAAUUAAUUCAGAAAUAAAAGCCUUCAAUGCGUCCCUCCAAGAAGCCAUCUCAACCGCAAAAGAGACUGUUCAACAAGCCAAAGAAACCUUAGAAAAACAAAUAAGCACAGACAAAGAGGAACUCACCAAAGCCGUAAAAGCAGCCUUCACAGCCGUCCACACCGCCGCGAAACAAAUGUUCAACCAAGGGCACAAGGCUGACUUGGAGCAGCUCAAGAAAUUGGUCAGCGAGCAAAGUGAAGAAAUAAGGAAGUUGAUUGAAGCUGACAAAGUCAAAGGCCUGAAAGGCCUGUUGAAGGAGAUGUAUGAUCGUAAGGGAGAGACGUUAAAUGAUCUAACAAAGCAUCAGGAUCCUAAAAAGCCAGAAGAUUUCAAACAGCUCUCCGAGAAACUGAAAGACUAUUUGACACUCAUCUUCACAUAUAUCAAGGGACAAGUCAAGCCUCCAAGUUCGUCGCCACCUAACUCCACAACCAAAGAGCCAACCAAAAUGCUGGGUGAAGUGCAAAGUAAACUUGUCACUUUACUUGAAAAUCUUGGCAGAUCAAAACACUUUGAUAAUGUUUUCGUAACGCACUUAGCAUCCUUUUCCACUGAACUCAGCAAAUUCACGCCGUCUCAGUUCGCCGGCCCGGAGAACGCUUUGCUCCUUGACGUGCUCAAACAGGGGCUAAAUAAAUUGCGUGAUCAGCUCGACAGGGCGUACGUGUCGGCGUACUCGGGAGAGCAGAUAAACAACAAUAACAAAGAUAAGUGUGCCAAAAUCCUUGUUACCAUCUUCAAUACGUGCCGUAGCGAUUUGAAGCAUUUGAAGGAAAACUGUCACAACAUAGGUUGGGAUUCAAGAAAAUGCUACGGCAAUAAAAAAGAUACAAUUGGCGGUUUCCUUACCAAUUGCGGCUACCGCGUUUCCCAGUCUUCCACGGAGCAAGAUGGAGAGAUAAGAUGUGAUCUUGAUAUGAGCGGUGACAAAAUUGGCAAGUUGCUUGAAAAAUCAAUCGACCAGGCAAAACAAAAUACGCAUCUUCAAAAGUGUAACCCGAAUGGACAGUCGAGUAACUUCAGUGUAUUAGAUAUACUUACAUGUAUAUACAACCACCUUAGAGAUUAUUACACGACUUGCCACUUAACUCUUCCUGCAUCACCUAAAUACCCUUGCAAUGUGCGUGACAUGCUGUCGUGGCUCGGCGGUCUCCCGUAUACCUCCGUAUACAGCAUGGUUGAAAUGCAUUGCGCAGACCUUCUUAAAAAGGAAGAAAAGGACGCUGCCAAAAAAUCCCAGAAACCGGAUGCCGUGAUUAAUGAUAUUUUGAAAACUAAUUUACGUGAUAGCUUAGAUCAAACUUGUGACAUGUCAUACCGUGUCCUUGUCACAAUACAAGGUCACGGCCAUGGUUUCGACCAGGCAGAUUACCCAUAUGCCGUAGAUAUCUCUAACAAUUCCGUGGUUUCCUUUAUCCGUCAGAUGUUCGCAGCUUAUUUGAUAUGGUUGUUGACAUAUGUAGGCGUUUAA